CAGCCCGUCCCCGCUGUCCAUGAAGCAGCUGCUGGACUUCGGUUCGGAAAACGCAUGUGAAAGAACUUCUUUUGCAUUUUUGAGACAAGAAUUGCCUGUGAGGCUUGCCAAUAUCCUGAAGGAAAUUGAUAUCCUCCCUGAUCGAUUAGUAAAUACCUCUUCCGUGCAGUUAGUUAAAAGCUGGUACAUCCAGAGUCUGAUGGAGUUGGUGGAAUUCCAUGAGAAAAACCCAGAAGACCAGAAGGCAUUAUCAGAAUUUGUAGAUACUCUCAUCAAAGUUCGAAAUAGACACCAUAAUGUAGUUCCUACAAUGGCACAAGGAAUCAUAGAAUAUAAAGAUGGCUGUACAGUUGACCCAGUCACCAAUCAAAAUCUUCAGUAUUUCUUGGAUCGAUUUUACAUGAACCGUAUUUCUACCCGGAUGCUAAUGAACCAGCACAUCCUUUUAUUUAGUGACUCAGAGACAGGAAACCCAAGCCACAUUGGGAGCAUUGAUCCAAACUGUGAUGUAGUAGCAGUGGUUGAAGAUGCCUUUGAGAGUUCAAAGAUGCUUUGUGAUCAGUAUUAUUUAACAUCUCCAGAAUUAAAGCUCACACAAGUGAAUGGAAAAUCUCCAGGGCAACCGAUUCACAUUGUGUACGUUCCUUCUCACCUCCAUCACAUGCUCUUUGAACUAUUCAAGAAUGCAAUGAGGGCAACAGUUGAACACCAGGAAAGCUGGCCUUCCCUCACACCAGUUGAGGUGAUUGUUGUCUUGGGAAAAGAAGAUCUUACAAUUAAGAUUUCAGACCGAGGAGGUGGUGUUCCCCUGAGGAUCACUGACCGCCUCUUUAGUUAUACGUACUCUACUGCACCAACGCCUGUGAUGGAUAACUCCCGGAAUGCUCCUUUGGCCGGUUUUGGUUACGGAUUGCCAAUUUCUCGUCUUUAUGCCAAGUACUUUCAAGGAGACCUGAAUCUCUACUCUUUAUCAGGAUAUGGAACAGAUGCUAUCAUCUACUUAAAGGCCUUGUCCUCUGAGUCUGUAGAAAAACUCCCGGUCUUUAACAAAUCAGCCUUUAAACAUUAUCAGAUGAACACUGAGGCUGAUGACUGGUGUAUCCCAAGCAAGGAGCCAAAGAACCUGGCGAAGGAAAAAGUGGCUGUGUGAAGAGGGACACUUGGGACACUUGAAGGGAUCAAAGUGGGUCUGUGCCGGUGCUGCUUUCUGAAUGUCUGCAUGUGAACCCCUCUUCCCUCGAAAACAAACAACAGCAACAGGAACUCCUUGUUCAGAACCCCGAGGGGAGAGGAGCAAAGCUCGUUUCUGUGACCCAGGAGAGCACAAAGCGGGGCGAUGGGAGCUAACGGGUGGCCAGCUCUUUAUUCUUUCAACAUAAAAUAAUGCUUGGGCUUGUAUCAAACCUGAAGAAGAUGUAAGCCCCUCAGUUUCUCAUCUCUUUAUCAACGGGCAUGGAAGCAGAAGCGAAGUGAAGAUAGAGGUAUCAGUUUCAACCGACUGAUGGUUUAGACCUUUGGUUGAUGUCAUAAGAUAUUAGUAUUUAUUGAACAUCAAGUGUCAACUAUAGCAGAAUUUUCCUGCCAUUCAAAGGAGUAGGGCUUAGUUUAUACUAUAUGACUAGAAAUGUAUGUAAAUGUCCAUUUCCUAUAUAUCUAUGCCCUCUAGGGAGGAAAAACUGGUGACUAAAAUAACAUUCACUUUGAAUGACAAAUGAGUCAAAACAUUUUAUUCAAAGUUGUGGCCAAGGCAUUGAGCCUAAGUAAAAACUUAGAAGAAAGCCUUUUCUGAUAAAUACAGAGCCUUUAGUAUGCUGCUUUCUCUGUUCACAUGACACAUAGUAAGUGAACACUUAUUGCCAGGUGCCUAGUCUUGGAUGAAUUUUGAAAUAUGCACUGAAUUCAGAAUGUUGGCGGUUGGAAGGAGAGAAGAAUUGCCAAAGUGAGAACAAAACUCUCUCUCAUCUUGCUCUGUUUAUAGAUGAAACACAAGACUGGAAUAACUGACGUUAGGGAAGGAAAUCAUGCAUUCAGAGCCUAACUCAGAGAGAAGGGCUGUUCUCUACCCUGCAGUGGUAGCAACCCAAAGGCAUCCAUUUUCUAGGUUUAAAAAGAUGUGUUUUUGAUAUACUUAAUUAUACUCUCUACACUCUGACAUUAACAUGUCUGUAAAAAAAAAAAAUCCUAAUUAUCAAGUAAUUCAAGAACAGUAUAAUUGAAAUACUUCUUGGAAUGUCUUUACCAAGGAGCCUGGGAGUAAGAGGAUUUCUUGCCAGGAUAUUUUCAUUUGUGAAUCAUCGAGGUUGAGAGCGAAUGAAUGACAGCUGCAAUGCAUAUGGAACUUUUGGGGAGUUCUGGUAUAAUAUGCAGGCUGAUAGGGCAGUCUCAUACAUUGCUCUUAGAAAAGGAGUGAAAAAACAAAAGAAGGAA